GUGACAGAGCCCUCCUCGGGAAUUGUUUUUGACAUGGCAAACGCAAACUGACAUCUACACACAUAUCAACAAGAAACUGAAAAAUAGACCAAAACUGGAAGCCGCAAUUUUAAAGACAGGCCCAAACUGAACUUAGUCAUUUUAACGACAGAACGACAGACUUGCCUGCGUGAUCAACUGUAUGUUUGCCUCCACUUUCGUUCGAUAUGUGCGUAGAGAUUUCUGUAGAUGUCAGUUAUCGUUGGGCCAUGUCUAAAAUCAUUAUUGUGUGUGGCUCCAAAGACAUUUUAGUCAGGCACUCGGGUACCGUAGUAUCCCCGUUUUUACUUUGAAAAUAGAAAAACAUCUGUGUCGGAAUAUGAAAAAACAUCCGUUCUGGUCUGUUUUUCCUUUUCUUUUUAGUAGGAAUUUGAAUUAGAAUUUUUGUGUUAUGAAAUGUAAAAUGAAAAACAAACCCUUUGUUAGCUGUUGGGUCAUUGUGUAUUUUGAUCAUUUAAUUUAAAAAACAUUACCCUCCGACACGCCCUCGUGUAGCUAAACAUGGCGGCCAUUGGCCUGAGUUCAUGUCAGUCAGUUGUCAUCUCCGCCCAACAACACAAACACUUCAUUGAGGAGGGUCAAAACAUGCGAAAGUGGGCCAGAGGAAACGAAGAGUUUGCCCCUUGCAGCCACAUUUAGGGGUCAUACUGUGUUAACCAAGAUGGCUCUUGUUUUGUGUUCAUGCUAGCUAAUUAGUAGCAAACUGGGGGAAGGAGAGCGAGUCACUUGAGCGCUGACAGCUGGGCUCCUAAAGGACAGCAAACAUGAAGUUCGCGCAGUUGUUGAUGAAAAACAUCUCGGCGGCCAACAUCCCCAAGCAAGUAGAGAGGUUUUCCAAGUUCUCUCCCUCGCCUUUGUCAAUGAAGCAAUUCCUCGACUUUGGCUCAGCCAAUGCGUGUGAGAAGACCUCCUUUGUGUUCCUGCGGCAGGAGCUCCCUGUCAGGCUGGCUAACAUCAUGAAGGAAAUAGAUUUCCUCCCGGACAAGCUCCUCAGCACUCCUUCCCUCAAACUCCUCACCAGUUGGUAUUCGCAGAGUUUGUUGGAGCUUAUAGAGUUUUUAGAGAAGGAUCCAGACGACAAGGACGUCCUGACUAACUUCACACAGAAUCUGAUCACAAUCCGCAAUCGGCACAACAAUGUGGUGCCCACAAUGGCUCAGGGCGUGGUGGAGUACAAGGAGGCCUUUGGCGUGGACCCCGUGACCAACCAGAAUGUCCAGUAUUUCCUCGACCGCUUCUACAUGAGCCGCAUCUCCACGCGCAUGCUCAUGAACCAGCACACAUUAAUCUUCGACGGCAGCGUGAACCCGGCUCACCCCAAGCAUAUUGGCAGCAUUGACCCCACCUGUGACGUGGUAGAGGUUGUAAAAGAUGCCUAUGAAACGUCAAAGAUGCUGUGUGAGCAGUAUUAUCUGACCUCCCCUGACAUGGAGAUCACACAAGUCAAUUGUGUACCUAAUGUAACAGCCAGUGAGUGGCACAUGUAUGGAUGGAAGAAUGGCAUCACUCCCCAUGAUGAUGUUUCUCAAUGUUGCACAGCCAAAAACCCCGAGCAGCCCCUCCACAUUGUCUACGUGCCUUCACACCUCUACCACAUGCUGUUUGAGCUCUUCAAGAACGCAAUGCGAGCGACGGUAGAAACCCACGAGUCAAGUCUGGUUUUGCCGGCCGUCAAAGUGCGAGUCUCACUGGGCACUGAGGACCUGACUAUCAAGAUGUCUGACAGGGGAGGAGGAGUCCCUCUGAGGAAGAUUGAGCGUCUCUUCAGCUACAUGUACUCCACAGCUCCCAGUCCUGUGCACUUGGACAACGCUCGCAACGCUCCCCUGGCUGGGUUCGGUUACGGCCUCCCUAUCUCCCGCCUGUACGCCAAGUAUUUCCAAGGAGACCUGCAGCUCUACUCGAUGGAGGGCUACGGAACGUCAGCUGUCAUUUACUUGAAGGCCCUGUCCUCAGAGUCAGUGGAGAGGCUGCCCGUGUUCAACAAGUCGGCCUUGCGCCACUACCGGGCCACCACAGAGGCGGACGACUGGUGCAUGCCCAGCAAGGAACCAAAGAAACUGGGCAGAAGCCAGUGGACGCACUCCUAAAAGACGGAAAGAGGUCGUGGGGGAAAUGAUGGUUUGGAAAGAAACACGUCUGGCCAGUUGCGAUCACAAGAUAACAGAAUGCCACAUGUUCUUGACACCAUGAGAUUGACAAUUUGCUGCUGUCAAUUUGGGCUUCUUAAAUUAUCCUCACCCCAUGAAACUAGCAGACUAGCUGUGUCGAAUUGGGCUUUUUUAAUGGGAAGAACAUCAGAAAUUGAGUUAUCUAUGACCACAUCAAUUUAAAACGUGGACACAAGUUUUAUAAAUAAUAUUGUGUUAAAGGUGCUAUUUGUAAAAUCCACUAGAAUUCUCAACUUAGUAGAACAAAUCACGUGAAAUGUUGUCGUGAAGGCAACAUUUAUUUUUUUAAUGACAGUUUUAAUGGAAAUGACUCGUGCUUCAUUGCAACAGUUUUUUCUGCUAUAAGGGACCGACCGCUACCAGCUAGCAUUUUACAUGUAGCAUCUUUAAUGAAUACCUACCGUAGCUAGCACUUCCUACUGGUUGGGAGCAACAAUUCCCAGAGGAAAUGGCUGUUUUCAUUUUAGAAGAAGACAUAUUAUUGUAUUAUUAGAAUAUGUUCUUACAUCUGGCUUCAUACAAAGUGCUUCCUGUCACAUGAUCGAUCACCCAGCUAUUGAAUGUUGCCAGCAAAAAGCCUGUUCCAAACAGAACAACCCCUGCAGUACUUCAUGAUGCCAGUGAGCUUUUUAUUGACCUUUAUCUGCUCACUCACUAGUUGUCAUGUGUUUGCUGCUCAUAUAAUUCAGCUGCUUAUUGUGGCCCAAAUACUGUAAAGAACAAGCACUCAAAGACAUUUCAGGUAUUAUACAUUUCAACUAGAAAACAAAUAUUGCAGUUUCUUUAAGAACAAAAUAUUACUGCAAUAUUCGGUAGAUACAAACUCUGAUGAACUGCGGUCGUGCCAUAUUUGAGUAUUUUAACUUUUGAAGAAUAUUAGCAAGUAGGAUGCGUCCCAACUAUAUGCUUGAUGAAUGUUCAUUUCCAAAUGGAAAAACUCGAUGUGCUUAUCUGUAAUGUGUAUGAAUGUAUUAGUGUACAAACCCCGUUUCCAUAUGAGUUGGGAAAUUGUGUUAGAUGUAAAUAUAAACAGAAUACAAUGAUUUACGAAUCAUUUUCAACCCAUAUUCAGUUGAAUAUGCUACAAAGACAACAUGUUUGAUGUUCAAACUGAUAAACUUUUUUUUUUUGUGCAAAUAAUCAUUAACUUUAGAAUUUGAUGCCAGCAACACGUGACAAAGAAGUUGGGAAUGGUGGCAAUAAAUACAAAUAAAGUUGAGGAAUGCUCUUUAAACACUUAUUUGGAACAUCCCACAGGUGAACAGGCAAAUUGGGAACAGGUGGGUGACAUGAUUGGGUAUAAAAGUAGAUUCCAUGAAAUGCUCAGUCAUUCACAAACAAGGAUGGGGCGAGAGUCACCACUUUGUCAACUAAUGCGUGAGCAAACUGUUGAACAGUUUAAGAAAAACCUUUCUCAACCAGCUAUUGCAAGGAAUUUAGGGAUUUCACCAUCUACGGUCCGUAAUAUCAUCAAAGGGUUCAGAGAAUCUGGAGAAAUCACUGCACGUAAGCAGCUAAGCCCGUGACCUUCGAUCCCUCAGGCUGUACUGCAUCAACAAGCGACAUCAGUGUGUAAAUGAUAUCACCACAUGGGCUCAGGAACACUUCAGAAACCCACUGUUAGUAACUACAGUUGGUCGCGACAUCUGUAAGUGCAAGUUAAAACCCUCCUAUGCAAGGCGAAAACUGUUUAUCAACAACACCCAGAAACGCUGUCGGCUACGCUGGGUUUGAGCCCAUCUAAGAUGGACUGAUACAAAGUGGAAAAGUGUUCUGUGGUCUGACGAGUCCACAUUUCCAAUUUGUUUUUGGAAACUGUGGACGUUGUGUCCUCAGGACCAAAGAGGAAAAGAACCAUCCGGAUUGUUAUAGGCGCAAAGUUGAAAAGCCAGCAUCUGUGAUGGUAUGGGGGUGUAUUAGUGCCCAAGACACGGGUAACUUACACAUCUGUGAAGGUGCCAUUAAUGCUGAAAGGUACAUACAGGUUUUGAAGCAACAUAUGUUGCCAUCCAAGCAACGUUACCAUGGACACCCCGGCUUAUUUCAGCAAGACAAUGCCAAGCCACGUGUUACAUCAACGUGGCUUCAUAGUAAAAGAGUGUGGGUACUAGACUGGCCUGCUUGUAGUCCAGACCUGUCUCCCAUUGAAAAUGUGUGGCGCAUUAUGAAGCCUAAAAUACCACAACGGAGACCCCCGGUCUGUUGAACAACUUAAGCUGUACAUCAAGCAAGAUUGGGAAAUAAUUCCACCUGAGAAGCUUAAAAAAUGUGUCUCCUCAGUUCCCAAACGUUUACUGAGUGUUGUUAAAAGGAAAGGCCAUGUAACACAGGGGUGAACAUGCCCUUUCCCAAAUACUUUGGCACGUGUUGCAGCCAUGCAAUUCUAAAUUAAUUAUUAUUUGCAAAAAAAAAAAAAAAAAGUUUAUGAGUUUGAACAUCAAAUAUCUUGUCUUUGUAGUGCAUUCAAUUGAAUAUGGGUUGAAAAGGAUUUGCAAAUCAUUGUAUUCCGUUUCUAUUUACAUCUAACACAAUUUCCCAACUUAUAUGGAAACAGGGUUUGUAUUUGCACUAGAAUGUUAUAUUAUUUUUGCAUGAACACUUUCCUGCAAUAGCAACGAAAAUGUGCUAUCUUUACAGCAAACCACCUUUAGAACUAAGAUUCAAAGAUGCUGACGAACAAUACAGUAGAUCCCUUUACAUUACAUAUUAUACAAGCUGCAUUGAUGGGUGUAAAGCA